UAUUCUGCGGGUCCAACUCCACGACAGUCACAUUCUCUCAUUAAUACGAAGUACUCGCACUUUCCGCGCGCGUACCUUGACAUACCUGCACCAAAGUGAACAGAUUUGAACAGUUCGAUUUUGUAAUCCGAUUUUUAAUUGCCGCGUUCUACUACGAUUUUUGAAUAAAGACGUUGGUGAGAUUUACAGGAUUGGAGAGAGUUUUCAUUCACGUUGACUUUAAGAUUAUAUGUCUCAUAUUAGUGCAUCUCACUCAAAAAUGAAAAACAUGAAAUCCGCUCACUGACCAACCGAAAAUGGCGCUCCUAAACUAUUCCUCCCCAUUUAUAGCAACCCCUAAUCCCCCAACGAGUUACUACCACCAAGCCCCUCCAUAUCAACCUUACCAACAACCACACCAAGGCUACUCAUACCCGCAGCCCCUAAAACCAUUCCUAGGUGAAGAGUAUCCUAGCAAUCCAUUCCUUCAUGUGCCACAACAAGGACAGCAAGGGCAACCGCCAACUCAAAAUACCGUUCCUCAAGGCCAACUGCCUCCAAAUACUCCUCCCCAAGGUCAGGUACCGAGAAGUCAGAUUCCUUCAACGCCAGGUCAGGUUCCGAGAGGUCAGAUUCCUUCGGCACCAGGUCCGCCGAGGUACACGAAAGUAGCUGAUCUCACGAAGGCUAGUGUGCAUCCGGUCAUUGAUUAUGAUUACGAAGAAGAAGAGGAGCAUAUACAUAUACCCGUGACGCCGAUACAGGGGCCGAUAUUUAUUAAAAAUGGAAGAGUGCCCGUGGUGCCGCUUUACUCUCAUCCGGUUCUAAGUAAUGGGACUUUUGUGCAGAUUCCUAUAUUAUGGACGGCGCUAUCAGUAGUUUUAGGUCUAGAGUUAAGAGCUGAGUAUCUCCGAGGAGUUCCUUGUAUUAAACGUAAUCAACAAUUGUACUGUCCUACAGCAGGAAAUUCAUAUCCAUUAGAUCGUAUAGAAUUAUUUAUUGACGAAAACAAAGCCCUAAUGAAGCGAAUGUACGGCGAAUUCGAUAUGCCAGACUACGAAGGAAAAGCUCGUCCAGGUAACAAACGAAAACGGUCCACAAAACCGGGAGUUCCAGACCGACAUUUUGAUCCAGGACCCGAUCCGUUCCACGCAGAAGAAAACGUUUCCUCCGGCAAGAAUCGUACCACGAGACAAAACUUCAGGAAUAAUAAUCAGAAUUCCGAAAGUGGGAGGAUUGACGCAUGUGAGAGCAAGAUAGAAAUUGUUACGCCCUAUUGGGCAUUGAACUCAGCAGCAAAAGUGCGUGCCAUAGUAAAUACUCAGCACUUUGAACAAGCUAUACAUCAAGAAGUGUGCGCGAGAAGCAGCACCAAAAGAUGCACGAACGAUUGCGGCUGUGAGCAGAAAUACAAAUGGCACAGACUGCUCGCUUACGAUCCCGAUAACGACUGCAAGGGAAUUUUCAUGGAUUGGUUCCUAUUUCCUUCAUGCUGUGUCUGCAGAUGCAGCCCAUGAUUAAUAGAAUAUUCACACCUAUCAAAUUACUUACCUACGUUUAUUUAAAUCAAUCUCUCAUUAGGUUAAUUAUUAUAUUUUUGGGUCAACGUGUCACCAAAGUUUACUAAACUUACCAUCGAGGAUUUUAUUUUAUUAUUAACAGUGUCAACAUAAAAUAUAAUGUCUCAUAAAUAUAUUAUCAACCAUAUUUGUACCAACAGGUUAUUGGGUAUUUUAGUUUUUUAGUUUAGUAAAGUGGUUUUUUGAUUUUAUCGAAAACUGCUAGUCGGAGAGAUAGAAGCGGAUUUUGUGCGUGAUAAGUAAUAUGGAAAAACUAUACGGGGAUAUGCUGAAUUAGUUGUGUACAUGACUUUCACCAACGGUCGGAAACCACAGUGGGGGCCGAGGGUAGUUAUAAGGGGACAAAGUCGCGGCUUUUAUUAUUUUUUUAUGACGCUCAUGAUCGAGAUAGUGCACCAAAAUUUGGGAAUAAGUAAGUCAUAACGUAACUAAGUAAAAUCUGUAGGGGCGGAACGCUGCGUGGCCGACAAAGGGGUGGGGGUAGGGGUGAAUAUAAAAAAUAUAAAGGGUUUUUUGCGACGUUCGUGACUGAGAUAGUCGACCAAAAUUUGGGAAUAAGUAAAUCAUGAUAUUACUACGUAAAAUGCCCAGAGCCGGAAACCAGAGUUGGGGAUGAGGUUAGUUAUAAGGGGUCAAAAUCGCCGUUUUUAUUAUUUUUUUUGUGACGCUCAUGAUCGAGAGAGUGCACCAAAAUUUGGGAAUAAGUAGGUCAUGACGUAACUAAGUAAAAUCUCUAGGGGUGACACUCUGCGUGGCCGACAAAGGGGUGGGGCAGGGGUGAAUACAAAAAAUAUAAGAGGUUUUUUGCGACGUUCGUGAUUGACAGAGUGCACCAAAAUUUGGGAAUAAGUAGACCAUGACAUAACUAAGUAAAAUCCACAGAGCCGGAAACCAGAGUUGGGCAUGAGGGUAGUUAUAAGGGGUCAAAAUCGCCGUUUUUAUAAUUUUUUUUGUGACGCUCAUGAUCGAGAUGGUGCACCAAAAUUUGGGAAUAAGUAGGUCAUGAGGUAACUAAGUACAAUCUCCAGGGGUGGAACGCUGCGUGGCCGAUAAAGGGGUGGGGGUAGGUGUGAAUAUAAAAAAUAUAAGGGGUUUUUUGCGACAUGCUAGAUUGAGAUAGUGCACCAAAAUUUGGGAAUAAGUAGACCAUGACUUAGCUAAGUAUAAUCCCCAGAGCCGGAAACCAGAGUUGGGGAUGAGGGUAGUUUUAAGGGGUCAAAAUCGCAGUGUGUAUUAUUUUUUUGUGACCCGGCACAACAUUUGUCCCCCACGCAGCGUUCCGCCCCUGGAGAUUUAACUUAGUAAUGUCAUGAUCUACUUAUUCCCAAAUUUUGGUGCACUAUCUCGAUCAAGAACGGCAAAAAAAACCCCAUAUAUUUUUAUACUCACCCCUGCCUACCACCCCUUUGUACCCAAAGCAGCGUUCCGCCCCUGAAGAUUUUACUUAGUUACGUCAUAACCGACUUACUCCCAAAUUUUGGUGCACUAUCUCCAUCAUGAGCGCCACAAAAAAAAAAUAAUAAAAACCGCGACUUUUACGCCUUAUAACUACCCUCGUCCGCCACUCUGGUUUCCGCCUCUGGGGAUAUUACUUAUGUUAUGUCAUGGUCUACUCAUUUCCAAAUUUUGGUGCACUAUCUCUAUCACGAACGUCGCAAAAAACCCCUUAUAUUUUUUUAUAUUCACCCCUGCCCCACCCCUUUGUCGACCACGCAGCGUUCCACUCCUGAAGAUUUUACUUAGUUACAUCAUGACCUACUUAUUCCCAAAUUUUGGUGCGCUAUCUCGAUCAAGAGCGUCACAAAAAAAAUAAUAAAAAACGGAACUUUGACCCCUUAUAACUACCUUCCUUCCCCACUCUGGUUUCCGGCUCUGGGGAUUUUAAUUAUUUAUGUCAUGGUCUACUUAUACCCAAAUUUUGGUGCACUAUCUCAAUCACGAACGUCGCAAAAAACCCGUUAUAUUUUUUAUAUUCACCCCUACCCCCACCCAUUUGUCGGCCACGCAGCGUUGAGCCCCUUGAGAUUUUACUUAGUUACGUUAUGACUUACUUAUUCCCAAAUUUUGGUGCACUAUCUCGAUCAUGAGCGUCAUAAAAAAAUAAUAAAAGCCGCGACUUUGUCCCCUUAUAACUACCCUCGGCCCCCACUGUGGUUUCCGACCGUUGGUGAAAGUCAUGUACACAACUAAUUCAACAUAUCCCCGUAUAGUUUUUCCAUAUUACUUAUCACGCACAAAAUCCGCUCACAGCUCUUAGACUAUACUCACUAGCCACAAAAUUGAAGAAUAUGCCAAAAGUGAUACGAAUAGGGUAAAAUCGGCUAUUGGUGCUCACCUAAGGCAAAUUCAGGAUAUUUCUCAAACUUGAAACAUUCCAAUUUCCAACAGUUUUGAAGAUAUACUUCAAAGGACUAUGUAUAUUGGUAGGGACUGCAUUAAAUGAAUGGUUGAACAGUAGAACAGUGAGAGGAAAAAUUUCCAACUGGUGUAACGCGCAGAAUUACCCGACCUAUUCGGCUAAUGGUGCGCAUAUAUUGGAUAACUUUGCACAAUAAUAGGAUUAAAAAUGACCUUCGAAAAUGUAGUUUAUUGAACAUAAAUAUUAGAGGGAUAAACAAAUAUACGGAAAAGAUAAGAAAUCAAGUUACAUAUAUAUUAAAAAAUCUAAGCAUCGUACAAGUCACAAAUAUAUCCUUAUGGACUAUUAUCUCGUGUACACAUGGCAUGAGGCCAUUGACAAUAUAUCGAACACUUGCAUCACACCUCGUCUUUUUUGCUACCAUAACCACGAUACACACAAAUCAUUUUCAUCUGACACGAGAUCGUCCAACUCAUCAUCAUGGUACUGUUCACUUUCUGAAAUAUCUUCGGAGCUGAUGUUGUCUUCGGAAAUCUUCCGUUUUGUACUUUUUUUCAAUUACGUGGUUUUCUCUAUGCCUUUUUGUCUAUUUUGACGCUGGCUUACGUUAUAUGACGCAAUCACAAAUCGUAGAGAUGCCUUCAUAUACUUUGCCGGCUAAUGGUGCGCAAUGCGUACCAUUAGACGAUCUUACACUUCACCACAUAACACAAAAUUGGAUAAAAAGAAAAAAGAAUCGAGCAAAACUAAUUAUACCAGUGUCUAAAAUGGCAAAUAAAUAAAAUGUAGGUAACGUCCUUUUCAUGAGCAUUUUUCAGUGCGUCACAGUUUUUCGAUUUCUUUCUAACGCAUUAAGUUGUAUGUGACAGAAAAAAGGCACGUCUGUGAUUACAGACAUUUAUAACAUUUAUUCUAGUUAUUCUAGUUGUCGAUAGAUGGCGCUAUAAUCGAAGAAAAAAUUAUUUACGAAUUAUAUAAUAUAUCUACGAAUAUAAUCUGUACAAUUUAUAAGACUAUGCAAAUCAAAGAAAAUACCAUUUUAUAAAUGCAAUAAACACAAUUUAUUUGUUUUUAUGCCAAAUUACAAAUAAAAUGUGACAACUGUCAGAUUUAACUAAAAUGUCACGUUAGAAUAAAUGUCAUAAAUGUGUACCUAUUAUCACAGACUUACCUUUUUUUCUAUCAUUUGUGACGCACUGAAAAAUGCUCAUGAAAAGGACUCUAUAUGUACUUUUUAAACUGUAUUUCUGUCAAGGAAAAAAGUAAUCGCUUAUUUUCUCAGAUACAAAAACAAUACCAUACCACGUAAAACAGAAAACAUGUAAACGAUAACUGCCAACCGGUAAAGUAUCUCUCAACGUUCGUUUGUGUGGGAUAGAUCUGGUAGUUGCUAAUAGAUGACCGGACAAUAUAUAGUUUUUGCACUUUUAUUAAAUAGGGGAUUAUAAACAUUGAUGCGCACAAUUACCCGACGCGCGUCGUUAGCCGACUCUCCUCUAUUACUAUAUUACACAGUAUUUAUCUUUCUGUUAAGUUGACCCAAAAAUAUUGUAAUUCAUAUGUUCUAAAUCAUUAUUUCCACAGGUUUAGAAGAAUUUCUCGCUUGUGAAAAUUGUUAUUAUUAUUAUAUUUUUAUAUUUUUAUACAACGAUCCUAUCCGCCAAUCUGGUGCAUAUUGUAUUGAAACAAACUGAGAUAUAUUUUUACCAACCUAUAGUAUUAGUUCUUUUGCAAUAUUAGUAGAUACAUUUAUUUUGUAUUAGUGUGACUGACGAUAAUUGGUAUGCCUGUAUUAUUUAGAUUAAACGAAUUGGGGUUUCUUUUACGUAUUUUCCUCACAUUUAAUUGUCCAAGAAAAAUAUCAUUCACAAAAUAUUUCCGAUCUCUUCUUCUUGUCUCAGCAUCCAAAAAAAGCCGCUCAAAUGUCGAUAUCGAAGCAAUGCGUGAGAGUAUUAGUGAAGGUCCACGAACAUCAAUGGACCGUGAUAGUCGUGAAGUCAAAUCAAUGUUGGCUACUCUGAAAUGGUUUCCAAACAAAGCAGAAAUUCACACAUGGCAUGAUACUAGAAAUAACAAGAUAGGAUCUUCCCGUAGCGCAAAUACGUCCGAGUUCGCGCAUCGCAUGACGCAACUGGAGACCGGAAUUUGAAUUCUUGUUGUUAGCUUAUAUUCCAGGCUAUAUCGUCGCCCCCGUUAGGUGACACAUUCCGAUUCGAUUUUGUUGCACAAACUCACUUAAAAAGAGUUCCUUAUAACAAAUACACAGAGUUCCGGGAGGUGCCGCGGUCGGAAAAUUGUUUAAACAAUUUUUCUAAACAAAUUCAAAACAAUUAAUUUUUUCACUUCGUAUAAUUUUCGUAUACUUUCGUAUACUUUCUGAAUAUAGAUUGAACAAUAGUGGGGAGAGAAUGCAUCCCUGUCUUACACCUCUGAGAAUUUUUUGAGCUUGCAUUGUUUCAUUAUCCACCUUGACGACAGCUGUUUGAUUCCAGUAAAGAGCUUAUAUGCAGCGAAUGUUUUUUAUCUAUGUCGAGUUGUUUUAGUAUAUAAUGUACGAGUUUAUGAGGUACUCGAUCGAAGACUUUUUCAUAAUCUAUAAAGCACAUCAUUACAUCUUUCCUUUGGCCGUAGCAGUUCUGAGCUAGCACUUGGGUUGCAACUAGUGCUUCCCUGGUACCCAGGUCUUUCCUUAUCAUAUUCUAGGCUAUUUCGCAGCUGUGGAUCAAGACAAUUUUCUCCAAAGUCUUUUCCCAUUUUUAUUGCUUCGCUUAGUACUUACCUGAAUCUGAAUAAAUGUCGUACCACAUUCUAUGGUUUUUCAUUAAAAGGUUUUUUUCGAAAAUGCGUCUGUAUUCUUUUAUAUCUCUUUUCAUGUUAUUUCUACGUAAAAGAACACCUUGUACAAAAUUUAUAAGAAAAUGUUACCAUUUAAAUUAAUUUUUAGUACAAUCCCAUUAUUUUUGCACGAUAUUAUUGGAUAUUUAUAUGGUAUUUAUAUGGACUUUUUAAGUAUUUGUUAAUAUUUUUUGAGAAAAAUUAUUUUAUUUGUAAUGUUUAGUUUAUAAUUUAUAAAAUGUAUUUGACAUAAAAUUAUAUUUAUUUUACUUAUAAUUGUAUUUUAAUUUUAACUGUUGCUUCAAUUGUUUACAUCAAUAAUUUCUUUGAAAAUUUUUGACACCUAUAGCUUGUGGCGUUAAUUUAAUAAUUAAGAUUUUCUUAAAUUCUCUAGGAAUAUCAUGUGUCCAAUAAAUAAUGGGCUAGUACUUGUAACUUGUAUUCGUAUAGUUACCAUUUUUGUUGAAAAAUUUAUAGAAAUAAUUGAAAAGAUUAUAUUAUAUUUAUGUAGUAAUUAUUAGUUCUUAAAUGUUUAUUAAUUAGCAAUUCCAUUAGUUUUUGUUAUACUUUAAAUAUUGCUGCCAUUUUUUUUAUAUAAUUUACUGUAUAAUAAAUUAUUUGUAAUAUAUAUUGUAAUACUU